AUGGCUGCAAUGAGAGAUCAUGCCAUUCCCAUAGCGAAGCGCAAGCCACCGAGCAGAGAUUCGAUUUCAACUCCACUCGUAUCGCCGACGACAGCAGAUGAGCCAAGCACAUCAACACCACCGCAACCACCCCCACCACCAAGACCAGUGCUGCCACGGGAAACUGCCUCUGGGUUCUCUAUUGGCCCAUUGCCAAAGGAAAAAUGUCCCUACUGCAGCACAGGGGAGUCACUUGAGCAUCCCGUGGAUGCCAUAGAGCACAUUGUGGAUCAUGGCGGCAGUGUCUUAGAUGUAAAACUGCAUUUCUACGAGGAUGAUAAAUUUAUCGCUACGGAGACACAGCUUACAGGGGAGAAAUGCAACGUGUGUGAUGUGAACUUCGAUUUUCCAACCCAGUACUAUUUGCACUUACUGGUGAAGCAUCGAAUGGAUGUAACAGCGUAUUAUCUGACCAGCUAUCCAAACGCAAACAAUGUGAAAGUCGUGACGGUUAUGAUUUAUCGCAUGUAUCCAGAACACACGAUAGAGUUCCGUGAAAUAAUUCUUAAGCCGCCUGAAGAUGCUGAGGAAAGGAAAGAUGUCUAG